AACACACGCGUAAAAUUCCCCAGUCGAAAUUUCACCCCAAACAGUUUGGCAAUUAACGUUUGUAAAAACUCACAAUUUUGUGUUAUUUGGGCAAAAAUGGCAGCGGCAAUGGACGUGGAUGUUGACGAGGUCGAAGUUCCCACUUCGAGCAGUUCCAAGGGUGAAAAGAAGCGUUUCGAAGUGAAAAAGUGGAACGCCGUAGCGUUGUGGGCUUGGGAUAUCGUGGUCGAUAAUUGUGCCAUUUGUCGCAAUCAUAUUAUGGAUUUAUGUAUUGAGUGUCAGGCAAAUCAGGCCUCAGCGACCAGUGAAGAGUGUACAGUUGCUUGGGGAGUGUGUAAUCACGCGUUUCAUUUUCACUGUAUUUCGAGGUGGUUGAAGACAAGGCAGGUGUGCCCACUAGAUAAUCGAGAAUGGGAAUUUCAAAAGUAUGGGCAUUGAUCGUUAUGUUAUCAGUAGCAUAAUACGGUUUUCGGUAUUUGAUUCUCACCAUUUUUUUUCGUAAACUCAACAUGUUAUAACGGAAAUUUAGUUUUUGUAUAAUCCAGGUCUUGAAAUUUUUUGUUACAUUUUGUAUUUCAAUAAAUUAUUAUUCAAUUCA